GCGCAAGCCGUCGCCCGUGGCAGACUGCCUGCUGAUGCUGGUGUACAGAGACAAGUCAGAGCGCAGCAAGGGCCUGAGGGAGCGUUGCAGCCUGACCCUGGAGGACAUCUGCGGCCUGGACCCUGGCCUGCCCUACGAGGGCCUGACCCACACUCUGGCCAUCGUCUGCCGCGCCCAGGCCGUCAUGCUGGGCUUCGAGAGCCGAGAGGCCAUGUGUGCCUGGGAUGCCCGCAUCCGCUACGCGCUCGGCGAGGUGCACAGGUUCCACGUCACGGUGGCCCCUGGUACACAGCUCCCCAGUGGCCCCGCCACUCUGCACCUGUGCAACGACAUCCUGGUGGUGGCCCGGGAUGUGCCCCCAGUUGUCACGGGGCAGUGGAAGCUGUCAGACCUGCGGCGUUAUGGGGCUGUGCCCAACGGCUUCAUCUUCGAGGGAGGGACCAGAUGUGGGUACUGGGCUGGAGUCUUCUUCCUGUCCUCGGCGGAGGGAGAGCGAAUCAGCUUCCUGUUUGACUGCAUCGUGCGCGGCGUCUCCCCCACCAAGGGCCCCUUCGGGCUGCGGCCCGUGCUUCCAGACCCGAGCCCUACGGGGUCCGUGACCGUGGAGGAGCGCGCCGCGCAGGAAGCCUUGCAGCUAGAGAAGCGGCUCAGCCUCCUCUCUCAUCCCGCGCGGCCCGGCAGCCGAGGGGAUGACCGGAGCCUGUCCAGCUCGUCCUCUGAGGCCAGCCACUCGGACGUCAGUGCCGCCGGCAGCCGACUGACCCCGUGGCCGGAGCCUUCCUCUUCUGCCAGCACGUCCCAGGAGGGCCCGGCGCCCGGAGCUGCGAGGGCCCUGCACCUGGGCGAGGCCGCGUCCUCGGGCGAGGUGGUCCCGGGCACCUCCCAGUCUGGGCCCCCCAAGCCGCUGCGGCCCCGGCAGCUGCAGGAUGUCGGCCGCCAAGGCUCCUCGGACAGCGGCAUCGCCACCGGCAGUCACUCGUCCUGCUCAGGCAGCUUCUCGUCCUAUGCGGGCAGCAGCCUGGAGGUGUGGCCGUCCCCCGAGGAAUUCGGCUCCCUGCUCAGCCUGCCCCCCGCCGCCGGGGCGCCCGAACCCAGCCUGUGCGCGUGCCCGCCUGGCGCCACACCACGGGCGGCCGAGUACCAGGUGCCUGGCGCGCCCAGGCCGCACUACGACACUCCGCGCAGCCUGCGCCAGGUGCCCAGGGACCAGGCCACGCCGAGUAGCCCCGAGGAGGGCGCAGCCGCCGCUCGCCCCAGCACUGCUACCGCCGGGGACUCUGCGGGGUGUCCCUCCGGCUGGCCGGGCACGGAAGUGCGGGGCCCGGCAACCGAGGUGUCAGGUGAACCCUGGGAGGCGGCCGCCCCGCCUGCGGGGCCCAGCCCGGCUAGCUUCUCCGCCUGCCCGGUGUGUGGAGGAUUCAAGGUAAGGCCUCCUCCCUGAGGGCCGCCGCCCUCCAGCCCUGGGGUCCGCUGGCCCUCGGGACUUGCUCUGGGCUGAGCAGUUGUUGGAAGGCCCUGGCUUCCUGCGCCGUCGAGGGGAGGCACCCUGGACCAUGCUAGGUGGACAUCUGGGGACAGCAGAGCCUAUUCCCAGGCUUCCUGGUUGCGCGCCAGGCACCCACCCUAGGACCCUCCGUGGGGCCUAGAGACUCCGUGCACCCCGCCUCCCCACGGCCUCCCAUUUUGGGGUGCUGGGGCUGCGAGGCUCUUUCGGGCAGCGUGGACGCAAUGCUCCACUGUCCACCUGAGUCCAAUCCAUACAUCUCCCAGGCCUCUCCUCCCCAACACUCGGCCUGAGACUGAGCCCCUCUUGCCCCUUCCGGGGGAGCCCAGCUCCCCACGAGGCUGAGUUCUGUGCAUGGCGCGCAGCGGCCUGGCUGGGAGGAAACUGACGCUUAGGGCAUGCAGGGCGCGGCCUCUGGGGUUCCCCGAGACCACUCACAGCGGUCCAGGCCCGGGCUUAACUGGGAAAGGCCACGGUGGGCAGGGCCCGGGGCCGGGGCUCUCCCUGCGGGGACCCUGCCGCCAGGCACCUGGCCCUGGGGAUGAGUGGAGGGUCUGGAAGGCAGGGCUCCACCGGGGCCACAGCGGAGUCUGGUUUGGGCGAGGGAGUGCCAGCCGCUCGGAUUGUUUGCCUUUGCGCAACACUUACACCCUGACACACGUGGGAGACCCCUUCAGUGUGGACGGCCUGGGCCCAGGCCCGCCAGCUCACCGUGAACACUCCACCCCCACCCCCACCCCUCCUGGCCCUUCUGCUGGGCGGGACGCUGUUUGUAAAGCCUUUGAGGAAAUAAAAUGCUCUUUUUAC